UGAAUGUCCCGUUUAAAAUGUAUCAUUGAUUGCUGUAAGAAAAUGAAAGACUUUCUUAAAUCAUGUACCACUUAAAGAUGGCCUCUACCUUCAAUAUAAGAUGCUGAGGGCAAAAAACAAAAAGCUGAAGAAAAGACUGGAUUUUCAAAUGGAAAGCUCUGAACUCUGUGAACAUCAGAGGUGUGAAAGCGUGGAGCUCGACAGUGGUAUAAGAUUACUUAUUGCUGAAAGAAAUCCUUCCCUCCAAAAUGCAGAAACUGCUUGCCAUCGUCCAACAUUGCAGAAUAUUGAUGUAACGAAGGACUUAGAAGGACACACAGGCGAGUUAAGCAGAAUGACUGAAAAGCAGACAGAUUUGAUGCAAACUGACACGGGAGAGGGUACGAUCUUGAACAGAAACCAAAUGCAGACUUCCCCAGAGGAUUUAAAACAAUGGGUCAAGAUUCUCAAAAAACAAAGACAAGAGCUACUUGAAGUAAAUAAGAGAUGGGAUGAGUACUUUAAAAUCAUGAAGCAGCGAUAUGAACAGAAGAUUUCAGAGACAAAACAUAAACUGACUGAUUGUCAAAAACAUAUUGCUGACCUAGAAGCAGAAAGAGACCAGAAGCAGAGAGAUUUUGAUAAGAAGCUCAUCGUCGCCAAAGAAAUGAUAGAAAAAAAGCAGGAAGAAAAGGAAAGAAUCUAUAACACCUUACAAGAAGUUAAAAGACAGAACCGAGGUCUAAAGGAACAAAAUGCCUCCCUAACAAGAAAGAAGGAACACCAGGAAUGUGAAAUUGGACGACUAAAUAAGGCCCUCUCAGAAGCCCUGAAAGCGUCAAUUAGAAAUGCUGGCAGAGAAGAGAUGGUGACACAGAUUGAAGUCCUUCAGCAGCAGGUACAGAUCUAUGAGGAAGACUUCAAAAAGGAGAGGUGCGAUAGGGAACGACUUAAUGAAAAGUAUGAAGAACUACAGUCUGAGCUAAUCGUGCUUAAAUCUCAGGCCAAAGAGUUUUCACAGCCAGCUGCCAGCCCACAUUUCCCCCCACCUCGUUGCUGCUCACAAUGGGUAGCAUCACCUCACAGGGCCAAGGUCUAUGGAUUGUCGCCUCACUACACAGAUACUAGAAGUCCACGCAUACACCAGGACAGACAGGAGGAUCAGCAGCACUCACUAAACUACCAGUGGUUUGUUUCCUCUGCCGACCAUCUUCCUCCAGAUGUUCAACACAUCCCGCCUAACCACACGGCAAAUGGUACCUCACAAAACGAUAACAUAUAGGAAGAUGCUGACUCAUCAAUGUCUGUUAUAUUAAUUAUAUUCUGUGCAAUACUGAUUUCUGUUAAAUGUAAAUAGCUGUGAUAUUAAAAUAUAUAAAUUGUUAUUUUUAUAACAAAAAACAAAUUCAU